AUGAAUUUCCUUGCUAUAUGUAACUUUGAUAUGACGUUCAUAUAUGCUUAUGUGGGUGUCCCGGGUAGAGCACAUGACACAAAGGUAUUAACUUAUUGUGCGAGGAAUGAGCCCUUUUUUCCACAUCCGCCAAAUGGAAAGUAUUAUUUGGUUGAUGCUGGAUAUCCCACAAGAACAUGGUAUCUUUGUCCGUAUCGUAUAGUUCGGUAUCAUCUCGAUCAAUUCAACAGAGGAGGACCGCCAACUAACGCUCGAGAGGUGUUCAACCGGAGACAUUCAAGCAUGCGAUCUGUGAUUGAGCGGACAUUUGGAGUGUGGAAAGCAAAAUGGAGAAUUCUUGACCGUAGGCAUCCAAAGUAUGGUUUGAUCAAAUGGAUAAAGCUAGUAACAACAACGAUGGCUCUACACAACUUCAUACGUGAUUCACAUCGACAAGAUGAAGAUGAAGAAAAUGGUGAUGAUCAUGAUGGAAAUAUUCCAUAUGAGCCGACUUGUGAUAGAGCCAUGGAAGGUUUACGUGAUCAUAUUACUACUGAGUUGAGUAGAGGAUAUCGAUUACCUUACUAG